AAUCUCUCUCUCUCUCUCGCUCGCCCUUCUCUACCUCUCUCUCUCUCUCUCUCUGUGUGCCCCCAAAUCGGGCCGAUCGAAGGCUAGGGUUAGGGUUGGGAUUAGAGCGAGGGAGUGUUCUUUUUGGUCGUUCGCUUCUCCGGAUGCGCUAGGGUUUAUCGCGAGGAAGGGGGAAGGAGAAGGGAUUGGGCCUCGUCUGCGCGCCAUGGAUCCCGACUUCUCCCACGCAAGCGGCGAACAGAAUUUCGAAUUCGCCUUCAACUCGAGCAACUUCUCCGACCGGAUCCUUCGGAUCGAGAUCCUCGCGGGGCCGCCGGAGUGCAGGUCUGACGGGGAUGGCGGCGGCGGCGUCUCCGACUGGGACCGGCACCGGAAGCGCCGUAGAGAGGAGAUCAAGAAGGACAAAGUUGUGGAGUCCGCAAUGUACAGUUUGGAGAACUGCAACCAACCUGACACCGAGGAUGAUGUGACAUAUGAAAACCAUGAUGAGGAAGCUGUGGCGAUGCUUGAAGAAUUUCCAUCAGGUGAUGAGCCUUCACAAUUCAGUGAUUCUUCCUGGAGCAUGGAUGCUUCUCCUGUUUGUCGAAUAAGAUCUAUAUUCAUCAGUUCUGCAAUAUUAGCUGCAAAAAGCCCUUUCUUCUACAAGCUUUUCUCAAAUGGUAUGCGAGAAUCUGAUCAGCGGCAUGCUACCUUGCGAAUAAAUGCCUCAGAGGAAGCUGCUCUCAUGGAACUCCUAAGUUUUAUGUACAGCGGGAAGCUGUCAACCACGUCUCCUGAACUCCUGCUCGAUGUGCUGAUGGCUGCUGACAAAUUUGAGGUUGCUUCUUGUAUGAGAUAUUGUAGUCAGCUGUUAAGGAGCUUGCCCAUGACUAAAGAUUCUGCAUUACUCUACUUGGAGCUCCCUUCAAGUGUUUCCAUGGCCUCAGCGGUUCAGCCAUUAACUGAUGCAGCGAGGGAGUUCCUUGCUACUAGUUUUAAAGACCUGACCAAGCCGCAAGACGAACUGAUGGAUCUUCCUCUUGUUGGCAUCGAGGCAAUCCUUUCCAGCGAUGACCUCCAAGUUGCAUCCGAGGAUGCGGUCUAUGACUUUGUGCUCAAGUGGACCCGUCGUCAUUACCCUAACUUGGAGGAGCGGAGGGAGAUCUUAGGGGCCCGCCUAGGGCGCCUUAUACGUUUCCCCUACAUGACCUGCAGGAAACUUAGGAAGGUCCUCACGCACAAUGACCUGGACCACGAAAUCGCAUCCAAAGCUGUCCUUGAGGCGCUCUUCUUCAAGGCCGAGGCCCCACGCCGGCAACGUGCGCUUGCUGCGGAUGAAUCGACCAACCGACGCUUUAUAGAGCGGGCCUACAAGUAUCGGCCUGUGAAGGUGGUGGAGUUCGAGCUGCCUCACCCGCAGUGCAUUGUCUAUUUGGAUCUGAAGCGGAGGGAGUGUGGAAACCUGUUUCCUUCGGCUCGGGUAUACUCCCAGGCAUUCCACCUUGGUGGGCAAGGCUUCUUCCUCUCGGCACACUGCAACAUGGAUCAUCAGAGCUCAUGCCACUGCUUUGGGCUUUUCUUGGGUAUGCAAGAAAAGGGUUCUGUCAGUUUCACUGUAGACUACGAAUUUGCUGCGAGGACAAGGCCGUCCGGGGAGUUUGUAAGCAAAUACAAGGGGAACUACACCUUUACAGGUGGCAAAGCAGUUGGGUACAGGAACCUUUUUGGCAUCCCAUGGACGUCAUUCAUGGCGGAUGAUAGCCUUUACUUCAUCAAUGAUGUGCUUCACUUGAGAGCUGAGUUGACCAUCAAGCAGCCUCAGCAGCAGAUAUUGCAUUGA